AUGGAAGACCCAGUGCUUAAAUUUUUACAUAAAAAUUAUUACUCUAAAUAAUAGGCGUAAGUGUUAAUUCAAAUUGAUAAAAUAUAAGUCUUAUUGUUAGUAAUGUCUAAAAUGUUAUUUGCAUUCAGAGCUUUUUCAUUAUCUUUAUAAGAUUUUACAGAUUUUUAUAAUUAUGUGUAAGAUGGAUUGAAUAACUAUAAUUAAAUUUAAAGUCUUGAUUACAAUCAAUAGCAAAGGUAAUAAACUAAUAACAAUCAUUAUUAACUAAGUAAGUUUUAACACAAAAAUCAAUCUUAAAGAUAUGCCUAUUAUAACAAUUAAUCACUUGAUUAAUAAAAUCAUAAGAGUGAAGGAAGUAGAGAAAACCUUGAAAAAUAAUUUAGAAUUGUCUCAUUAUAAAAAUUCAAAUAAAAUUAAAAAACUUAUUGUAAAAAAUAGUAUAUAUUUGAUAAGUAUUAUAAAGAUGAAUAAUAAUUGAUUAAAGAAGAACUUAAUCAGAAUAUUUCAUAAAAAUCUAAAUAAAAAAAAAAGAGAUACGAUUUUUCUUAUUAGAGUGUCAAAGAAAUGAAAAAAAUGAUUAUAUUUAUAAUUAGAUGA